AUGCAGAAGGAAGAGCAGUUGGUACAGAAUGAUGCCAACCCAAAGAAUAAGGAGGUGGAAGCUUUGGAGAAAGUCCAGGUUAAUGAACCGGAAACCAGAAUAACCGGAAUAAAUGAUGGUUGUCAAAAAGAAAUGGAAGCCAAAGUGGUGACGUUUCAACAAGAGCUUCAGAACCUGCAGGUGCACUUCAGGAAUGACAAGCAAACCAAGCAGAUGCAAUACCUGCAUGCACUGAAAAAGCAGGGGACCUGCUUCAAGAAAGAGCAGGAAAGAAAAGAGAGGCAAUACCGAGAUGUGCUGAAAAAGCAGGGCAUGUGGUUUAAGAAAGAGCAGGAAAGUAAGCAGAUGCAAUACAGAGAUGUGCAGAAAAAGCAGGGCAUGUGGUUUAAGAAAGAGCAGGAAAGUAAGCAGAUGCAAUACAGAGAUGUGCAGAAAAAGCAGGGCAUGUGGUUUAAGAAAGAGCAGGAAAGUAAGCAGAUGCAAUACAGAGAUGUGCAGAAAAACCAGGGCAUGUGGUUUAAGAAAGAGCAGGAAAGUAAGCAGAUGCAAUACAGAGAUGUGCAGAAAAACCAGGGUCUCUGCUUCAAGAAAGAGCAGGAAAUGAAGGAGGCUUCGUUCCAGCAACAGCUGAAGGAAAAGGGUGUGAGCAACCAGAAUGAGCAGGAACACCAGAGAGUUAUUUUCAAAGAGUUGGAAACUAAGGAGGCUUGGUUCCGACACCAACUUGAAGAGAAAGAUACCAUCUUCCAGAAAAAGCUAGAAGAAAUGAAAGCAAGCUACAGGAAAGAGCAGGUGUUCAAGGAGACUUGGUUCAACCAACAGCUGGAACAAAUGGUUGUCAGCUUCCAGAAAGUUGUGAUGGAUAAGGAUGCCAGCUUCAUGAAAGAGCAGGAAACCAAGGAUGCUUGGAUCCGACAUCUGGGAGAAAAGACUGACAGUUUACAGAAACAGCUUGAAGAAAAGGAUGCCAUUUUCAGGAAAGAGCAAGAGAUGAAGGAUGCUUUGUUCCAGCAACAGCUGGCAGAAAAAGAUGUCAGUUUCCACAAAAUUAUGGAAGACAAAGAUGCCAGCUUCCAGAAAAAGCUCAAAGAACUGGAUAUUAGUUUCAGCAAAGAAAAGGAAAGCAGGGAGGCUUGUUUCCAGCAGCAGCUGGAGUUAAAGGAUGCCAGCUUCCACAAAGUUCUGGAAGAUAAAGAAGCCAGUUUCAGAAAACAGCAGGAAAUGAAGGAAGCUUGGUUUCAACAGGAGCUGGAAGCAAAGGAUAUCAGCUUCACGAAAGAGAAGGAAAUGAUGGCAGCAAGGUUAAGACAACACUUGGAAGAAAAGGAUGCCAGCGCCCAGAAAAAGUUGGAAGAACACACUGCUAGGUUCAAGAGAGAGCAAGAAACCAUGGAGGCUUCAUUCCAACAACAGCUGAAAGAAAACAAUGCCAGAUUCCAGAAAGUUCUGGAAGAAAAAGAUGCCAGAUGCAAGCAAGAGCAGGAAAUCAUGGAAGCUCGGUUCCAUCAACAGCUGCAAGAAAAACAUGAGAGUUUUCAGAAAAACCUGGAGGACAAUCAUACAGUCUUCAUGCAAGAGCAGAAUGCUAAAGAGGAUUGGUUCCAACGGCAGAUGAAAUUAAAGGACGCCAUUUUCCAGAACAAGAUGGAAGAAAAGGAUGCCAGCCUGAGGAUGGAGCAGGAAAUCAAGGCUUGGUACCGACGACAGAUAAAACAAAAGGAUGCCAGCUUCUGCAAAGUUCUGGAAGACAAGGAUGCCAGCUUUGUGAAAGAGCGGGAAAACAAGGAGGCUUGGUUCAGGCAAAAGCUGAAAGAAAAGGAUUCUAGCUUCCAGCAAGUUCUGGAAGACAAGGAUGGCAGCUACAGGAAAGAGCGGGAAACCAUGGAAGCUUGGUAUCAACAACAGCUGGAAGAAAAAGAUGCCAGCUUCCAGAAAAAGUUGGAGGAAAAGGAUGCCAUCUUCCAGAAAGAGCAGGAAGACAAGGAUGGCAGCUACAGGAAAGAGUGGGAAACCAUGGAAGCUUGGUAUCAACAACAGCUGGAAGAAAAAGAUGCCAGCUUCCAGAAAAAGUUGGAGGAAAAGGAUGCCAUCUUCCAGAAAGAGCAGGAAGACAAGGAUGGCAGCUACAGGAAAGAGCGGGAAACCAUGGAAGCUUGGUAUCAACAACAGCUGGAAGAAAAAGAUGCCAGCUUCCAGAAAAAGUUGGAGGAAAAGGAUGCCAUCUUCCAGAAAGAGCAGGAAGACAAGGAUGGCAGCUACAGGAGAGAGUGGGAAACCAUGGAAGCUUGGUAUCAACAACAGCUGGAAGAAAAAGAUGCCAGCUUCCAGAAAAAGUUGGAGGAAAAGGAUGCCAUCUUCCAGAAAGAGCAGGAAGACAAGGAUGGCAGCUACAGGAAAGAGCAGGAAACCAUGGAAGCUUGGUAUCAACAACAGCUGGAAGAAAAAGAUGCCAGCUUCCAGAAAAAGUUGGAGGAAAAGGGUGCCAUCUUCCAGAAAGAGCCUGAAGAGAAGGAAGCUUGGCUCAGGCAGUGCUUGGAAGAAAAGGAUGCCAGCUUCCAAAAAGUUCUGGAAGACAAGGACGCCAGCUACAAGUCAAAGCAGGAAACCACAGAAGCUUGGUUCCAACAACAGUUGGAAGAAAAAGAAGCCUGCUUCCAGAAAAAGCUGCAGGAAAAUGAUGCCAGCUACAGAAAAAAGGAGGAAACCAAGGAGAUUUGGUUCCAACAACAGCUGGAUGAAAAGAAUGGCAGUUUCCAGAAAAAGCUGUUAGAAAAGGAUGACAGCUUCUUGAAAGAGAAGGAAAUCAUGAAAUCUUGCUUCCAACAGCAGCUGGACGCAAGGGAUGCCCUCUUGCAUAAAAGACUGGAAGAUGCAAAAAGAAGCUUUAUGAAAGAGUUGGAAACAAAGCAGGUGUGCUUCCAAAAACAGCUUGAGGAAAGGGAUGCAAAUUUCAAGAAAAAGCUGGAAGAAAAGGACACUGGCUUCAGACAAGAGCAGGAAGCCAAAGACACCCUCUUUCAAAAAGAAAUGGAAGCCAAAGACACAAAAUUCCAACAAAUGGUGGAAGCCAACAUUACUUACAUCCAGCAAGUGCAGAAAGAAGUCACCUUCCAAGACAAGAUUGAAUUCAAGGAGUCUUCUUUCCACCAACAGAUGAAAGUCAAAGAAGCCAAUUUCCAGAAAGAGCUGGCAACUAAGGCGGAAAUCUUCAGGAAGGAGCUGGUAGAUGAGGAAGAGAUCUUCCAGAAGAAGCUGAUGGCUCAGAAGAUCAUCCUGAAAGAGAGGGAAGCCAGUGAAGAGUGUUUCCAAACAGAGUUGGACCAUCAAAAGAACAGUUCCUGGGGUUAUGUUUUUGCUGGUGUUUGUACAGUCGUUGGCUUGAUGUCAAUUAAGUAUCUAAUAAAGUAA